AUUUCGCUUCCUUCAUUCAUCAAACAUCAAUUUGGCGUUCCUCAAAAGCUCUUGAAGCAACGAACGAAAAUGAUAAUAGACACUGAUUCUGGAGGUGAUGAUAUACAUGCUUUAUUGACAGCAUUUGAUUUGGCAGCCAAGAAAAAUAUAGAAAUAAUAGGUAUCACUUGCAUUAAUGGAAACUCUUAAAUAGAAGAUGGAAUCAAGAAUAUUACAAUUGUCUAAAAAAUUGCUGGAGUGAAUAUACCAAUUUAUAAAGGAUGUGAUAGAAAUUUAAAAUAAAAGAUAACUUUAAGCUCAAAAUUCUUUGGUGAUGAUGGAUUAAGCGGACAUUAAGAAAAAUAUCUAAAGGAACUCAAUAUAUAGUAAUAUCAACUCUAACAAUAACAUGCUGUUGAUUUUUUGAUAGAAAGUGCUCUAAAAUACAAAGAAGAUUUGGUAAUCAUUUGUCUAGGGGCAUUGACAAAUGUAGCAUGUGCAAUGAUGAAGACAGCAGAAUUUGAAGAGAAUAUUGGUCUGGUCAUUGGCUUAUGUGGAAAUGUUUUAGGAUUGGGAUUUAUGAAUGAUGGAGUAGCUGAAUAUAAUGUUCACACAGAUCCAGAAGCUGCUCAUCUUGUCUUUAAGGUUUUAGCUAAGAAGCUAAUUGUCAUACCUUAUGAAGCCGUUAUCUCAGUUUCAGAAUUCACAAUAACUAAAGUUUUUGAAUAGGAUACAACUAUUAAAGGCAAAUUUGUCAAAGAAAUUUAUGAAGGAAUGAAAACUGCCAAUAAUAGAUACGAUAUCCAAGAUCCAUUAUGCAUUCUUGCAGCCACUAUGCCAGAUAUCAUCACUGAAUUCGUUGAAAGACCUUGUAAUGUUAUUUUAGAAGGAGAAGGAAGAGGAAUGGUCUCAGUCAAAUGGUUAGACAAAGACCCACAAGCAAAUCAAGUGACCUUCAUCCUAAAAGUUGAUGAAAAUCAAUUAAUAUAAACUCUACACAAUGUUGUAGGUUGAUCCCCAAUACACAUUAAAAAAAGUAUCCUAUUUAAUUCAAAAUUUACCAUCCUUCUCAUUCUAUGAAUUCUUGGUUUGUAAUUCUGAAUAAUAAAAUUGUUUUUU